AUGUUUAAGGCACUGCUUGUCCUCGGUGUGGCUAUUGCCCCGCUUAUUGCUGCGCCACUUGGUGACAAUAACGUUAGUGCUGGAGGCGGUGGAGGCGGAGGAGGAGGGGGCGGAGGAAAAGGCGGUUCUGGAUUCGGAUACGGUGCCGGUUACGGCAGAGGUUAUGCUGUUAGUCGAGGAGGUACCGUUGUUGCCGGCGGCGGAGGAGGAGGCGGAGGAGGAGGCGGAGGUGCCAAUGGCGGAUUUGGCGGCGGCUACGGUUCUGGUCAAGGCGGAGGGCAAGUUGUUCACCCGGAGGCGUUGCUGCUGGCGGCGGCGGUGGAGGCGGCGGCGGAGGAGGAGGUGACGAAGGCGGUUCUGGUUUUGGCUUCGGUGCAGGUUUCGGCAGUGGAGUAG